CCUGCGCAGUUAGAUGCCAGGUACGACCAAGGAGCUGUGAUAAAAGCUCCUUGGUACGACCGAGCACGGAAAGGUGUGCUCCUUUUACACCCUCCGGAGUUCCGACGCACAGGAGACCGAACCCGUAACACCCCCGCCAGGACCCUCCAACACACCAGGGCCUCCUCGGCACACCAAGCGACCCGUCCCGACGGUAGUAGUGCCAGGUCACCGCCCAAGGACUGACUGAAUAAACAGAACCAUGGCGUACCACGCUAAGGCUAUCCACAGGCUGGGCUGGACGCUGGUGGUCCUGGGGACGCUCAGCAUCAUCCUCGGUACCGCCGCCGUCGCCACCAUGGCGUCCAAGGACCGGCCCACCUUCCUCACCUACAUCGCCGGGCCCAUCUGGAGCGGCAUAUUUGUUCUCAGCACUGGAAUCCUGGGAGUUGUGAGCGGGAAGAAUCCCAAAAACAAUUGGCUGAUCGUGGCGUUUAUGGUGCUGGGAAUCUUCACCAUCCUCGCGACCUUCUGCAGUUUCGGCUUGGCGGUGACCGGAGCGAUCGUGGACAGCUGCUACUGGCGCUGGAUUGGUGUUCGAUGUGGCGUCGUCUACGUCAACGCUUCUGACUAUGAUUACUACAACGGCACUGCCACGAACUUUACCGCGUUCGAUUAUUUCAGUGAUAUUGAUGACCCACCUGAACCGGUAGCCGACUACAGCGAUAAGGAUGACUGCACCACCACGGCUAAGGCUCUACAUGGGGUUAACGCGCUGCUGGCGUUCGCUGAGCUGGUUCUGGGGUUCGUGGUCUCCAUCAUGUGCUGCUGCGGACUGUGCAGCGCCACCAACACACCGAUCAUGUCUGACGGACAGGGCGGGUUCAUCCUACUGCAAGCAGUGCCUGCUUCGCGACAGUUCGGAGCUCAGCAGCAGGUGUUCCUGGCGCCACCUGGCAGUCCACAUGCGCCUCUGCAGGAGUACUACACCGCGGGACCGGCACCGCCGCAGUACGCCCAGCCGGGCGGGAUGGGGGCUGCUGCAGCACCGCCGCAGUACGCCCAGCCGGGCGGGAUGGGAGCCACUGCAGCACCGCCGCAAACCAUGGCGUGCCACGCUAAGGCUAUCCACAGGCUGGGCUGGACGCUGCUGGUCCUGGGGACGCUCAGCAUCAUCCUCGGUACCGCCGCCGUCGCCAUCAUGGCGUCCAAGAACCGGCCCACCUUCCUCACCUACAUCGCCGGGCCCAUCUGGAGCGGCAUAUUUGUGAGUACAAGUCGUAUAUAA